AGAGAUUCCGCUUCGCUGCCAGACGUAGAAGGCCCAUUCGUUUGCUUCGAGGAUCGCCGUCCGCGUCUCUGAGAAAGUGAUCCCCCGCCCCCUGAUUAUCCAUUCCUCUGUCCGAUCGUUUCUUCUUCAAUCUUAAAGGUGAAACGAAGGCCCCGUUUUCGCUACGAUAAGAGAAUGAUUCACCGUCGAAGCAGUUGGAAGAAUCGCGCUAUUACGGAUCUUUCCUGAUUCGCAAAACAGCCAGCGUAUGCUGCACCAUCAGAACACCGCUGCUGUCAAUCGGAGAGAAGUUUUCGUGCAUGGUGAGAGUGUGUGCGGGUUUUUUUUUUUGUGCUGAAUGAUGGAAAACACUGGCUGCCAAUGAGCGCUGACGAUAGUCGUGAAUGAAGUUUUAAAUUGAAGGUUAAAUCCAUUGUUUUUAUGAUUGUGGGUGACACCAAAACAAAAACAGAUAACGAAUAUAAUGCGAGUGAUUUAGAAUGCAGUUUUGAGUGCUAAUUCAACACGUAUCCGGUAUCUGGAGGUCAUAAAACCAGUGUUUUGUAGUGACGGAAUUCAGAGUGAAUGACUGCUAUUUUUUGUUGGAAAACGACACAGAACCGCGGAAAUACGGCCAUUUCUCAAAACAACUGCAACAACAAAAAUCGUUCAAACGAUUGAAGUGGGCGAGCAACGAAUGAACGAUCGCAAAAGCCACAAAUUGAUUUCACGUUCCCGAAGGAAGAUAGUGAAGAAAUUCCUCUUGACCAAUCUUGUUUUUUCAGGCCCGCUAGUGCCCACGAAAGAGAGAUAGAGGCCGAGAGCCGCAACUGUGUUGGUGAAUCGACUUGCAAGCGAAGAACACCAACGAGGUUCGUCGCUACGCCUUGAAGACAAAUUCUUUCGCCACAACAGCAGCAGGAGAAGAGACAAGAAAAAAAAGUAGGCGACGGACGACUCCGUCUCGGUUGAGUGACCUGGCAACCAGCGAAGCUUCGAAAUUGAUUGACCCCGAAAGGGCCUACCUUGAUGGAUGGUGCUGUUUGUUUUCUCGUGUUUCCUAACUGGAAAUAAAGUGUCGUGAUUUCGCAACAGCAAGUGACGAAUUGCAGGUGAAUUCGAGGAAAGUGGAAACGACGUUCUCAUAGGAAGAAAUAAUCGGGAAUCAUAUGUGAACGGGAAGAAGCCUAUAGGUUAAACACUGAGGCAGUGCGCAGAUGAAGAAAACUGGAAACGCAAUUCCUGUAGCUGAAGAAAUCCUUUUAUGAAUUUUCCAAUCGGAAAAUACAUGAAGCAUUAACAAGUGAGGAGACAAAACAGACGAAUCCUAGUGUAGACAGCAAUACGAAAAAAAAAACACAACAACAACAGAAACACAUCGUCUUGCAGGUACACCUAAUUGAGAUUAAUUACACAAACUUUCACAUUCAAAGGUAUAUGGUCAACGAAUUCAAUCAUCUUCUUCAACACUUACGUGGACAUCUGCAUUAAAAAGUUGUGUUGCUUUUUUGGUAAUCCAAGAAGAUUUUCAGCAAUCUCAUCAGCAAUAAUAACAUUGAGAAAAUCGGCACGAAUGUUAUGGAACUACGCACGAUGACCACCCCGAAGCAACAGCGUGAGGAUCGACGGUUUUCGGUACCCCAUGGGAUGCACGGAUCGCUUCCACCCGGCGUAGCGGACGAUCUUCACGCGUGGUCCAUCUAUAGACAAAAUCUCAAUUCAGACUUCGCCGAUUCGGCUCUCGGUUCAUCAGACAAAUCUCCACAGCCUUACAGUCCCCAGCACCGUAGCAAUGGCUACCGGGAAGAGCAAGCCAUCUCCAACCACCCACGCUACGGUGGAUCGAAAUCCAACCCACUGAACUCCAACAUGUACACCUACCUCAAAUUUGGCCUUCCCCGAGUGUUUCCUCCGAACGGCGGAGGAGGGGGUGGCGGUGGAGGCCGUGGUCGUAACUCAUCCAAGGCAAACGGCCGAGGUCGCGUGAACCGUGGCUACCGGGACAGUACCGGUCCGGGGCCGGGAUCAUCAGGGUACGACAGCAGCGAUAACGAAACCCAUCGCGGUAGAGUGCCAGCUAAUUUAAGAAAAUAUCGUAGCGAAUCGGAUUUCCGUGCAAUAGGGGCGACCACCAACUCACGGCCAAACUCGAGAGCUCAAGGCAUCCCCCUUGCAGCGCUGAAACAAGCCAACAGUCGGGCCAGUAUAGCAGGAACCCACGUGUACAAUCCAUACGCCACCAAUCAGCGACAUCACAAUCUACGGUCACAAAGUGAGGCGGACCUGCUUGCCGAGUGGGACUACGACGAUUCUCCUAUGUACGGUGAAACGCGGCUCUAUCCGGAGGAGAUCUACAACACACAAAGCCGAAGGCAUUCGAUAGCUGGGCUGGUGUACCCGAACAUUCAGGUUCACUGUUUGGACGUACUACCGGGGAUGCGAGGAGUUUCGCUGCAGGCCAAGGCCGGCGAUCUAUUUGCCAUUAUGGCCACUUCACAACGAGAGGGAACAGCACUGGUGGAAGCACUGGCCGGUGUGCGGCAACGCAUGAGUGGAGAAAUACUGGUAAACGGUCAACAGGUUAAUCGCCGUAUUCUUAGACAGUUGUGCGGUUACGUUCCGGCGUUGGAGCGAGCACCGCUUGACCCAAGGAUGAGCGUUCAGAGUACGUUGUCGUUUCAUGCGGCUCUCAGAGGACCAUACGACCGCAGUGACCUCAAGGAGCGCGUAGACAUCCUGGUGGAAGACCUCGGGCUUACCGCCGUUCGCUCAGCCAACGUAUCCCGUCUGACUCAUUCAGAAAAGCAAAGACUGAACGUGGCCUGCCAGCUGCUGACACAAUCCUCGAUACUGCUUCUGGAUCAGACGACGGUCAACAUGGACAUCUUCGAUACGUUCUUCCUGGUGGAAUACCUCCGUCAAUGGUGCAGUGCGGGCCGGAUGGUUAUCAUGACCCUGCAGCCUCCGACCUUCGAAAUCCUUUCCAUGUGCUCCGGAGUACUCCUGCUGUCCGGUGGCCGAACAGUAUACUCAGGAAGCCGAGCGGAUCUACCGCGCCACAUGGGUCAGCUUGGUUACCCUUGCCCUCCGUUCAAAAAUCCCGCCGACUACUAUCUGGACUUGGUGACACUGGAUGACCUGUCCGCUGCAGCCCUGCUGGAAUCAUCUGCACGAAUCGAAUCACUAGCCAACUCGUGGGAUCACAUCAACUCGGAACCACCGCUCGCAGCUCCUGUUGCCAAUCUGCCAGAACCUACUCGCAGCGCCGGGUUCUUCGGGCAGAUACACGCUCUUGCUAAGAGGUACAUGUCAUACAAACAACCGGGAUCGCUUUUAAAUUGGAUUAGCCGGUUGAUCUCGGCCGCCGUACUGUCACUUCUCGUCGGAAGCAUCUUUUGGGAUGUUCCUGGCUCCGAUCCUCAGUUGAACCUCAACGAUCGAUUAGGCUUCCUCCACUGCAUCCUGAUGGUUGCACUGUGGCCUUUGCUGAUUCUUCAGAUCCGAGACGUACAGGAGGAUCGACAAUACGCCGAGAAGGACCUCCGGUUGAGUUUGUACGGCAGAUUUCUAUACAUCAUUAUACAGACGACACUCAGCGUUCUUCCCAGUCUUUGCAUAUGGCUGGCCUAUCUGCUUCCGGCCCAUAGUAUGGCCGGCUUGUACGCUUCUCCGAGUAACAACGAUGCAAUAAUUUACAUUUACAUGGGUUAUCUGUUGCUCUACCUCAUGGCCAUACAAACAAUAGUGCUCUUCGUUUCCCAUCUCGUAUCGUGCGGGAUAUCGGGCACGAUCUUGACCACUCUGGUGAUGCUGUUGCUGUCCGCCGUCGGUAGCUACUCGAUCCAUCCCCGAAAUGUACCCGACUACCUGAAAUGGGCCGAAAUCAUCUCGCCAGAAAAGUGGAUCCUUCCGUUGCUCACCGAGCAAGAGUACAGUGCGGAAACCAUCGCUAUGCAAUCCAGUCAACAAAUGUGCCGAAACAAACAAGUUCAACACCAGGAGAUCAUCGUCCAACAGCCCUGCCCGCCACCGAACGGAACCGCCGUGCUGGUCGAUCACCUUCUGUUGCAACAGGAUCACGUGCUCGAUCCGACCGAUAUGUACUCCUCGACUGUGCUGGGUCUCCUGCUGACGUGCAUCUUCUUCUUCGCCCUGUCCGUGUUCAUCUUCUUGACGAACUGUCGAAACGUGUGCCGAAGUCGAGUCGACCGACGGCAAAAGCGAAUUUGAACGGAUGACGCGACUUGCUAUUCGUUAGAUGAGAGUUUUUAGUUGAUUCUAUUUUUAUUUAAAUGAAAUUAUUAGACGGUACUAAUCUGUAAUAUUAAGAAGCAAAACGAUGGAAAGCUCUAAACUCGACAGCUUUCUAUUUGAAAAUUUUAAUCGAACUAUUUUAGGGAAAAUAAGCAUCGGAGAUGGAUUUUUUCGUUUAGCAUUGUAAAGUAGCUAAAUAUAGAAACAAAAUUGUUUGUAAAACAACAAAAAUCGAUAAAAGAGUAAAUAAGCGAAAUCUUAGAUGAAAAAUAUAUUUUAAAUGCAGAAGACGAUGAUGGAGAAAACCAUUAACCAUAGCAUGAGAGAAAACAUUUUGCAUGAGGAAGCAAAGUAAUAUCCUGUGCAUUUAGGGAUUGUGCUGAAUGCUCUUAGUUCAAUAAAGUUCAUUUAUUUUUAAUAAAACA